AUGCAAGCUCCCGGGUGCUCGAUCGAACGAGGUGUGAUAAUGGUGAAUUUUUUACCACUGAAUAUACUCCUCGUUUUAUUCAGCGCUGAUGUACGAUGCUGGGAAAAAUAUCAGGGUGCACACACGGCCUCGAGGACUGCAUGCAGAGGGCGAUACACCCGGGAGGUUCGGUCGUCGGGAGAAUUCGAAAUAGUGGUACCAAGGAAGGUGCUGACCGACGGACAGUUCCUUUCCUACCAACUGCCCCACCACUACAAACGUUCCUACUACAAGGAUCGCCACAGGGACGAAAUGACGCCGGACGACAUGGUGCAUUAUAGAGUCGCCAUUGACGGCGAGGAGCAUCACCUGGAGUUGUAUCCCAACCACAAACUACUCUCCCCUGGAGCUGUGCUCGAGGAUCGGAUACCGGAGGCUGGACAACCAGCGACCGACGAAGAAUUCCUCAGGAACGGGAGGAUGAGAAGGCUCAGAGACACCGAAUGUCACUAUCACGGCGGUGUUCGGGAUCACAACGAGAACAGCGCACUGUCAGCGUGUUACGGUCUUGCUGGCUACAUCAGAACGAAACGUUCGCUGUACGUAAUUGAACCACUAGAGGGUUACGAUUUCACAAAAGACAUCGAGCAUCCUCACAUAGUCUAUAAAAGAGCGAGCAAGGAUUUCGAAGAAAAUGGGAAAGCGAUGUGCGAAGUCAACCAGCAUAUUGUGAAAAAAACAGCAGAACGAGUUGCGAGUAGACGGGAAAGAGACACGCCAAAUAAUGCCACGUUCUACACCAUAGAAUUAUUGGUUGUUCUAGAUCGAACGCUUUUGGAAUAUCACAAGGAUUUUGAUGUAGAAAAUUACGUACUGACUCUGUUCAAUAUGGCUGCUGGGUUGUUUCAAGACAGCAGCCUCGGUGUCCAAAUGGAGUUAGCUAUCGUUAGGAUUAUGAGACUCGGAGUAGAAGACGACGAGGAGUUUGGCAGGAUAGAUAUCUGUUUGACGCAAUCCCUCUGCGGUUUCACUGGCAUAACAACCAUCGGAAGUACCUGCGACCCCGUUAAAGGUGCGGCUGUUGUAAAGGACGACGGGUUGAGGACCGGGUACAACAUCGCUCAUCAAAUCGGACACACGCUUGGCAUGUCCCACGACUCCAAAGAGGAGAACGGCUGUUCAGGAAUCACUGUGCACCGAGACGGUUACAUUGAAACUUCCGUAAUGUAUUCCGGAAAUCCUUACGUCACAAAAGGGUGGUCCAAAUGUUCACAGAGCAGCAUCAAGGCGUACUUACAAUCUGGAAUGGGCACCUGCCUCGAGGACGAGGCGCAGGACCAUCAGUUCAUUGGUAACAAGAUGUUACCCGGUGUCAUGUACAAUGGUGAUGACCAAUGCCGACUUUACUAUCGCCAGGACGUCCGCCAGUGUGAUUUGGGACUCUGGUGCUACCAAAUGAAGUGUCUGCCGAUUGGCGAACGUCCCGGAGCCAUUGACGCUAAUUGGGGCGCCUGGUCACCCUGGAGCCGGUGUUCGCGGACUUGUGGUUCAGGCGUGGCGUUUUCUGAAAGAAAGUGCAAUCAUCCGAGGCCUUCAAACGGCGGUGAAAUAUGCCAAGGCAUCAAAAAGCGGCACAAAAUUUGCGCGACUGAACCGUGUGAGAUCGGAACACCAUCCUUUCGCGACGUACAGUGCGCAGAAUUUGACGACUGGGUCUUUCCGGAGGACGGAAAAAUUCAUCAAUGGGUGGGAUAUAAUUUGCCUGAAAAUUUAAAGGCGUCCGAAAAUCCCUGCGUGCUGUUUUGUCUGAGUGAGACAAAGCUGCUGACAUCUCUCAAGCCGAAGGUCGUCGAUGGCACAACUUGCUAUAGGGGAAUACGGGACGUCUGCAUCGGAGGAAACUGCAGAGAAAUACCUUGCGACUUGGAUAUGGAAUCCAAUGCGGUUGAAGAUAUGUGCGGAGUUUGUAAGGGGGACAGCACCUCGUGCCUUCUCAAAGAAGGGACUAAAUUCAUCGCUCAACAGCCACGUCUGAAGAAAUUGCUUGACGUACCUAAAGAGGCUAAGAACAUCCGUGUGGAGAUAACCGAGCCCACAAAGGCGAGGAUAGUGGUUAGGACAAAGGGAUCGAAAAACGUGCUGAUCGACGGCAAUCGACUGGGCAUGUUUGAUUUCCCGGGUUCAAAGGCCUGGCUUGGUAUGAUCAGAGCGAGGCAGGAGGCACUUAACAUUCCUGGACCCGUAUCCGAGGAGUUGGUGAUACUGAUAUAUCCCAAGGAAAACGUCACCCUCAAGUAUUCACUGGGUUUGAAACAAGAAACCCCUCGAAAGCCUGAAUUUUCCUGGAAUUACAUCGAUUGGACACGUUGUAAUGCACUCUGCGGUCCAGGAGAAGCAGUUUCGGUACCUAAAUGCGUGGAAAAGAUUGGAGGAGAAGUGGAGGAUACUUACUGUAAGAAAUCAACCAAGCCUGAAGAGAAAGUAAAACCUUGCAAUCAGGCACCAUGUGUCCCUAGAUGGAUGAUUGGUGAUUGGCAAGGAUGCAACCCCUGUACUCCUGGUUGCAAAAAACAGCGAGCUGUCAAAUGCAUUCGGCCAGUCGGUCACGGUGAACAAGAAGCGGACAUCAUCGCUGAGAAUUACUGCCAGGGCCCAAAGCCAAAGGAUACACAACAGUGUCUCGUACGGACACGCCGCAAUAGUGUGCAUGAUAAAUCGGACGAACUUGAUGAAACUUCUUUAGGUGUGAAAAACACUGUGCACGAACUUGACGGCAAUGAUGACGGUUCAAAGAUGGACACUGACUUGGCAGGAGAUUUCGGAGAAUUUCGAACGAAUCAGAAACAAUCAGACACGAAUGAUCGCGCGUCAAUUAUAGAAAAGAGGACCGAUCAAAGUGACAGUCAGACUACAUCGAGAAGCGUCAGCAACAUAAAGGAGGGCCAAGUGGUGUUUGACAAGGAGGACAUCAAGAACUUAACACUUACUAUAAUCCUUGAACGAGACGAGAACAACAAUAUCGUCAAUUUUCCCAAAGAUUUCGUCCCUCAACCGAAGGCCAAUGAGACAGACUUCACUCUUGUUGGAAUGGAUGCGGUAAAAUAUAUCCAACGGAUCCAAGAGGAGGGCCACGCGUCGUCAGAACCUCCUUAACGCUGACUUAACUCAAUAGGGAUUCCAAUCCUGAUUACCUUGUAAAUAUGUGGUCAUAUGAACGACCGUUCGCACGUCGUUCGAAUUAUUCCCACCUUGUUCCGAAGUGAGAUUUUGCGAACUAGAUACUGUACACAGCUCUCAAGUACAUUUAAUUCUCUUUUUUAUAGAGGUAGGAAGCAUUUCUACAUGCCAUGAUUUAGA